CUUCAGUUAGCAGUCAUCACGGUCCGUGGCAGUCAUACACGAACAACGCACGUAUAUGCAAAUUCGCGGCUGUGGGCGUGUGUUUGCAAUCAUGAUAUAACAUACCGUGCAUCCAAUGACAUCCACAUGUGAGUGAAAGCGAUUCAGUGCCGAUGCUAAAAAUAAAAAGAGCAAAUUCCGCGUAAUGACAGACGAUAUGUUCAAAUAUGCAUCAUUAACUUGAAAAAUGACACCCAUUGGCUAUGCACUGAAUAAUCAACACUCUGUCGCUUUCAAUUUUCUCAUGUUACAUUGGUUUCCAGCCCAUUACACGGUUUGAAAAGGGACGCAGCAGCAGUUUCAAAUAACAACAACAAUCUGCUUUGUAACCGAAUUACAAAUAAUCACAGUAUUGACGUGCCGCAGCUGCAGACAAAGUUAACAUUGCAAUAACUGAACUUUCGCAGUUGGAUGUUUUACAGAAGUCGGAAUAUUCUGACGAAGCAUCAUGUACUACCAUCUGUUCGUCAAAGCCAUAUGAGAUUAAACAGGUAAAGGGAAAAAAUAUCGCUACAAGAAAAAAAAACAAAACUCAACUCGGGCUCUCUCUCCGAAUAAAUGAAGGAUGACCUCCCACGUCCCAUCAAGCUUUGACGAAGGGCGCACAGAUGGAGGGGACGAAAAGAAAGAGAGAGAUGCCAGGGAUAAUGAAGAGGGAAGAGACGCCAAGGAGAAGAUCCCGCUGCUGACAGAGCAAAAGGAAGCCAUUAUUUUAACCCCUGUCAUGGAAGAAGAAAUUCUUGGCCCCGAAAGUUUCACGAUAUUUGGAAUCGGGCGAUGGAGAAGCGCUGGUCUGCAGAAGCUUGCAAGACCCGAGACUUACCUGGCAGCUUUCAGCUUAGCAGCGUUUGCACAAGGCAUAUUUUUCACUUACUCGACCGGGACGCUGACCACGGUAGAAAGGAGGUUCAAACUGCCUAGUUCGGUGUCAGGUUUUAUAAGCACCGGCAACGACGUGUUGCAGGUGUUUCUGUCUUUGCCGUUGGCUUUCGUCGCUGGGUACGGCCAUCGGCCGAGGUGGCUGUCAGGAGGGAUUUUUCUCUCUACCAUCGGUUCUUUUAUCAUCAUGUCUCCUCACAUCAUCUUUGGAGCUGGAGAUUAUUCCUCGCUGGCUAUGGGACAUGCUGACUUGGUAAAUAGCUCCUCGAAUAUAAACAAAGAAUGGGAAUACUGCAAUAAGGCUGACGAAACCGAAGGAGACUGCGCGGAAGGACGAACGGCUGUUGGAACCGAGCAGUACCUUGUGGCUGCACUUCAGUUUCUAGGACAGGUGAUGUCAGGAAUUGCAAAUGUCUGCUUCUACGUAGUGGGAUUUUCUUACUUGGACGAAGCAGUCAGCAAGGACAAAGUUCCCCUUUACUUCGCUGUAUCCGGGUGCAUGAGGAUCUUUGGCCCGGUAGUUGGCACAGCAUUGGCAUCGUACACAGUUUCACUGUGGGUGGACCCAACCGUCGAGCCUUUUAUCAAAAAAAAUCACCCACAAUGGGUUGGAGCCUGGUGGUUAGGUUACCCGAUCAUCAUGGCAGCCAUGUUGAUCUCCACUAUUCCGAUGAUGAUGAUGCCGAGGCAACUCCCGGGAGCCAGAGAAAGGACCCGAGUCAGGCUGAGGGCAGCAGCCAGACAAGGCAAAGAGGCGUUCGCAUCCUACCGGGAGUCGCUCAGGCCUUUGGGUAAAGUGCAAUAUAAAGACAUGUUUUCAGGAUUAGCACGUCUGUCCAAAAACAAAAUAUUCGUACUCAUCACAACGAACCAGACAGUGUUUUGGUUUGGGAUAGUUGGGUACUACAUGUUCCACCUCAAGUACAUGGAAAAUCAAUUCAAGAUCUCGGCCUCCGAAUCAAAUCGAGUUGUGGCACUGGCAGGCAUCAUAGCAUCUCUGAUAGGAUGGUUAGGGAUGGGGUCUUUACUGACCUUCGUGAAGCCUUCUUCGAAAACCAUCCUUUGGGUCACAAUGACCAUCUCUCUCCUUUGCAUGGCCUCCUACGCUGCCCAAAUGAGCAUAACGUGCGAGAGAGAUCAUAUUGUCGGUUUGGAGGCAGUUUUAGAAAGCGAAGGAGCUGAAAAAGAUUUUUAUUCCGAAAAGGAUGAACCAGGAGUGUCGACAUGCAUGGCAAACUGCGGCUGCAGCAGUAAAUACUCCCCUGUGUGCGCGAAUGACACUCAUCUUUUCUUCAGCGCCUGCCAUGCUGGAUGCACGAAACAGCUCACCAUUAACGGGUCUCUUGCUUAUGAGGGCUGCAUGUGCACUAAACUGCUGACUCCUAAGAAUACAGAGGUCGAUGGGAAAGUCCCACUGGAAGUGAGCAGCGGCGUCUGUUCAACCAGCUGCAACAGCUUCCUUUAUUACAUCUGUUUCAAGAUUCUGACGAGUAUGCUCGUUUCAAGCAACAGAGCCAUUGCAAACAUUUUGAUCUUCAGAUCCCUCAACGAACGUGACAAGGACUUGGCGCUCGGAGUUCUGAAUGUUAUCCUGUCUGUAGCUUUCACUUUGGUUCCCAUAAUGAUCGGGACCCUUAUAGACUACAGCUGCAUACUCUGGCAAAGAACUUGUGGUCGAAGAGGCUACUGUUACCUAUACAACCUGGAUAAAUACAGGUGGAUCAUACAUGGUGUUCCAGUAGGCGGGAUGAUACUGAGCUUCAUCACAGAAAGUUUGAUUUUAAGGCACCACAAAGAGGUCGACUUCUUCGGUCAAAAGGAAAUGGAAGAAUUAGAACUCCUCAAAAUCCUGAAGUCGAAAGUAACGGGGAAGAAGAAAAAGGACCCGAAAGGAAAACCAGAUGCAUCAGUAGAAAUGCCAUAGUUUGCAGCUCAAUAACAAAACUAUACUUUCCCUUAAAGCUGUCUAAAGGGACCUAGAAAUAAACAUAACAGAACAGCA